AUGUCAUCACCAACUCCAUCUGAAACUCCAUCGCAAGUUGCUGAUGAUUGCUCUAUUUGUCUGAGCACUCUUGCACCAGGAACUGUUCUUCUAACAUUAUCCUGUAAUCAUAAAUUUCAUCUUCAAUGUCUAGCAUCAAAUGUUCAAGCACAAAACAAACAAUGUCCCUUGUGUCGAGCUACUAUUGAUGCUUCCAUCGUUCAAUUAUUAGCAGGUUCAACAGCACCAUCUACACCAACACGACCAGUAUAUCUACCACCACCAUUAGCAGCAGUUCCAAUUCAAGACAUUCCGUCAAUUGAAGAAUCAGUUGAUGAAGCUGCUCUUCAAACUGCUGCUGAACGUCUAGCGGCUGCUCAACAAGCAGCAGCGACUGGGUCAAGCGACACAGAGAAUCUAUCUUUGAUUACUGCUGUGACAACAUUAGAAUAUGAAGCACAACCAUUAGAAACAACAUCAAAUAUAUAUGGUCUUGUGACUCUUCAAGCACCUACCAUUCCACAAUCAGAAAUUGAAGUGAUGCGAGCAUCACGUAUUCCUCUUGAUCUUAUUUGCGUUAUUGAUUCAAGUGGAUCGAUGAGUGGAGAAAAAAUGAACUUAUUGAAACAAACCAUGGUUUAUAUUGUCGAACAAUUGAAUCAUCUCGAUCGAAUGGCUAUAAUUUCAUUCAAUAUAAGUGCUGUCGAUCGUUCACAUGGAUUAAAACGAAUGAAUGAACAAAAUCAGCAAAUUUUAAAGGAUACAGUUAAUAAUGAUAUUCACAGUCAAGGUGGUACUUAUAUUGGUAGUGGUAUUCAACUAGGUAUUGACUUACUUCGACAACGUCAAACAAAAAAUCCAUUAGGUGCUAUACUUGUACUUACUGAUGGUCAAGAUAAUGAUCAUCAUGAUUAUACAAGUCUUAUGGAAACUUUACCUGAAGGAGUUCAACUUCAUUCCUUCGGUUAUGGUUCUGAUCAUACAGCAAAUGUAUUGGUUAAAUUAGCUGAACAAGGCAAUGGUGGUACAUUUACAUAUAUUGAUGAACAACGUGCUAUUGGUUCUGCAUUUGCUAUGGCUUUAGGUGGUCUUUUUACAUGUGUUGCUAAAGAGAUUGCAGUCAAUAUUGAAUUUAAUGAUGAAUAUAAAAUAACUCAUUUUCAUUCAAAAUAUUCAUAUGAACCACGACAAUUGCCUUCGAAUACAAUCUCCAUCAAAUUACCGAAUUUGAAUGCAGAUGAAAAACGUAAUCUUGUCUUUCAAUUAAAUGUACCACAAUUGCCUGAUAAUCAAAAUGUAGAAAUGAACAGUCAACAACCCAUGUCACAAGGUGAAGCAUCAAGCGUACAACAAAAAUUUGAGAGUAAACCAAUCGGUAAUGUCACAAUUACUUACAUUGAUCCUAAAACUACUCGUUCACUGACUACAAAUCCGAUAGAAUUUCAAUUGAUUCGAGCAUCUGAUCUUCCUGCCAAUCUUCUUCAAGUUGAUCGAACACUUGAUAAUCAACGAAAUCGGAUCGAAACAACUCAAGCUCUCGAAGAAGCUAUGGCUGAACCCGAUUUUCAACGUUCACGAGCGAUUCUUAAAGCUCAAGCAGAAAAGCUUAAAACUAGUAUUUCUGCUGAAGAUCCAUUUACAAAAGAACUCAUUCAAGAUCUUGAACAAAGUUUUCGACAUGAAAAUCAAUAUCGUUCAUCACAUCACAAUACUUAUAUGUCUCAUCAAACAGAACGAGGUACAUAUUCACCAGCGGGUACUACUAGUUCACAUCAGUACAGUACUGGCCAUCAACGACAACUUGCUAUGCACAUUAGUAACAAAUAUUUUUCAUAG